AUGUCAUCACAGUCUCGUCACGUCUACACACGCAAUGAGCGGAUGAUACUCGAAGCCAGUUUUGCUAGUGAACCGCACCCAAACAUUCAAGAAAAAGAACGUUUAGCUAAAUUAUUAAAUUGUAACCUCAUUCAAAUCUCCAAUUGGUUCCAAAAUCACCGACGUCGAUUAAAGAAACAAACAAAAAUCAAGACAAAAACAAUUAUAAAAGAUGAGCUGAUCAUUCCAACUCCACACGACGCAUCGUAUUACCAAUUUCCAACAGCAGAAGUAACAACUUGUCCAUAUUGUCUUAACCACGAUCAAACCUCUUACUAUUAUCAUUGGUCACCAUCUCAAUAUAUUCUUUCACACGAAUCAUACAACACACAACCGAUAAGUUUCGAUGAAUCUGUUGCUUAUAAAACUUGA